GGUGCCAUCAGGAGGUCCAGCAGUGGGGCCAGGACCCGUGAGUUUUACGGAAGGAGUGGCUUUGCUUCGUUCUUUAAGUCUGCGGCGGCCCCUGCCACUCCGACUGAGAAACAGCCUCUUCUUCCUGCCUCCAGGCGUCCCUCCCCGCCCGUGAGCAUGCGGGACACCUACGGCACCUCCUCGCUCAGCAGCAGCAGCAACUCCGGCUCCUGCAAGGGCAGCGACAGCAGCCCCACCCCAAGGCGCCCGGUUAAGUACUUGCUGUGCAGCGAUAACCAUGGCAUCAAGCCCCCAACCCCGGAGCAGUACUUGACGCCCCUCCAGCAGAAGGAGGUCUGCAUCCGACACCUGAGGGCCCGGCUGAAAGACACUCAUGAGAGACUGCAAGACAGAGACUCCGAGAUCGAUGAUCUGAAGACGCAGCUCUCGAGGAUGCAGGAGGACUGGAUCGAGGAAGAGUGCCAUCGUGUCGAGGCCCAGCUGGCCCUGAAGGAAGCCCGGAAGGAGAUCAAGCAGCUGAAGCAGGUGAUCGACACUGUCAAGAACAACCUCAUCGAGAAGGACAAAGGGCUCCAGAAGUACUUCGUGGACAUCAACAUCCAGAACAAGAAGCUGGAGACGCUGCUGCACUGCAUGGAAGUCGCGCAGAAUGGGACAGUCAAAGAGGAAGGCGCCGCGGAGUCGGCCGGGGGCUCCCCGGCUCGUUCGCUCACCCGCAGCUCCACCUACACCAAGCUGAGCGACCAGGGGGCAGCCGACCGGAAUGUGGGCGGUUCCCAGACCAUCUCGGUGGACGAGAUGGCGGACAGUGGCUUCGUGGCUGCCGAUGACUCUCUGAGCCGGACGGACUUACUGGAGCAGAGUAGUCUGCUGUCCUCCGGGGUGGAAUGCGGUGCGGACGAGACCUCCCUUCAAACCUCGUACACCCUGGGCUCCCGGAUGCCGACCAGCUCCACGUACGAGAAGCUGAUGGGGUCUCAGCACAGCGUGGAGGCUGCGGUUCAGGCCACCUGCAUGCAGGAGCAAGCCAUACAGACGGACUUUGUGCAUUAUCAGCCGGAUCUCGACACUAUCUUGGAGAAGGUCAUGAAGUCCCAGGCGUGCAGUUCGGGCACCCCCACGGCGGUAUGGGUGUCUGAAGCGGAGGAGGCCGCCGAACCGAAUAACUCGGAGAUUCGGAUAGAGAAUUCCCCCGAUGAGGGCGUGGAUUUGGCAGCUGCCGAUCCCAACUGUGCCAUGGUGGUCAUGGCGGGAGACCACGCAGAGGACCCCGACGGGCCGUCAGGUUCCGCGAGGUUGGUUGACGACAACAAUCCAGCCGUGCACCAGCCAUCAAAUGCAAGUCAGUCAGUCAGCAUCGUGUGCACCGCAGACGAAGAGGCUGCCGACCAGAGCCAGGAAGGGGCGGCGGCCGCAUCGUUGGAGCCCAAAACUUACUGGAGCCGCCACUUCAUUGUGGAUCUGUUGGCCGUGGUGGUGCCGGCGGUGCCGACGGUUGCCUGGCUGUGCCGCACUCAGAGGAGGCAAGGCCAGCCCAUCUACAACAUCAGCUCCCUCCUGCGGGGCUGCUGCACGGUCGCUUUGCACUCCAUCCGCAAGAUCAGCUGCCGGUCCAUCAGCAGCCCCGGCGGCGCCUGCUCCCAGCCGUGA